CGAUGCGUAGUAGACGUGCCGCCCACGUUAGCACCAUUCAAACGUCGCUACUCGACCGGCCGGGUUUUCAGUAGUUUUCAGCGCUUCAGCCAGGACGGACGCGCUAUGGAGCUUAGGUGGAGCAUAAGAUGGGCCACUCUGGCCUCAUGUCUGGUGCUGACCCUCGCCAUCCCUGCCUCCUUGGUCGAAGAGAUUAAGGCCAGCGAGAUGAGGGACAACAAAGUGAAAAGGGCGCAAUUAAGCAACGGGGAAGAACACGAUAGGGCAGAUGUGCCCUAUUUCAACAAACCAACAGCAAUCAAAAGAGGGACCAACAACCUGAAGAACCCCACCCCCGACCAACAGACCCUCAGCGAAUGGGAACAGGAGCAGAACAUGUACCAGAACCCCGACAGCCUCGCCAACAUCCAGUCCAGCCUCUACAACAGCGACACCCCCUACGACGACAAGUCCAUCGCCGAGUACGAGAAGGGCUUCCACUACGGCACCAACAAAGACAAGCUCGACGAAGCCCUCGAGAACGCCGUCCUCAAGUCCGAACUCUACGGCGACCCAUCCCCCUUGAAUCAAUACCGGUACUACAACGGCGAGGACCGUCGUCGGAGAAGGCGUCGGGACGCCCGGAAGAUCAGGCUGGACGGGCGCUUCAAGCGCGACAUCGACCUCACCCCCGAGGAGAUCCUCACCAUCCUGACCCUGUACGAAAACGAGCGCCAGAGCGGCUACCGGCCGUGGCCGAUGGAGGGCGAGCCCCAGGCCGACGAGAUCGAGGAGGAGGAGAACUGGAUGGACGCGCCCGUGUACCCGCACGCCACCGGCCACAACGACGUAGCUUCCGGAUACAUGUACGACGAGAAGGCGUUCGAGAAGCGCGGCCGAUGGGGCGGCUUCGCCGACGCGAGGAAGAAGAGGUUCAUGGUGGCGAAGAAGAGGAACGACCCGACCAGGGAGCUGCGGUAUUUGAACGGGCCCAACAAGAACGACUACUACACGCUGUCGCAGCUCUUGAGCAACCAGCGCGAGCCGAACGUACCGUUGUACCAUCGGCUAGUUUUGUAAGUUAGGGUAAACGAGCUCAUAUCGCGUUUUUGAAUCGUUUAAAGUCUAUCUGUGUUACUAGUUUAUUGAUGUUUGUAUGUUUUAUGGGAUUGUAACUUCAAAGUCAGUCAGUAUAACGUUUACGUAUUUAUUGAAUGUUGUAUAACGUAAUAUUAAAUAAAUUGUGCAUACUGAUGUGG